UGAUAUGGAUGACGCAGAAACUCCCGAUGAGAGGAGCGAGGAGGAGAGCGAGGAAGAUGAGGGAAAGCCGAAAAAGGUCCAGUGCGAGUCCAUGCGUAUUACCUACGAGGACCCUUUGACAAGUGCACAUCGAGCCGAGGAAGUCUUCCUGGAUCCUCGGGACCUUUGGUCUCGAGGGCAAAGCCUGCUGUUGGUCAAUGCUGCGGCGCUGAUGGCACUUCAGGCAAAGUCCGAUAAGGAGCAAAGCUUCGCCAUCAGCUCUCAGAGUGCCACAGAGCGUGCACGUAGGGACUAUCUCAGAGAGCAGCGCCUUCUUGUGGAUGAGCUGCAGCGCCUCUUGGAGUCGGAUCCCAACAUGCCCAAGACCAUCCAGGGUGAAGCACAGCAGGCCAUUGACAAGGCUAUGGCUGUGGCAGAGCAGGGCCCAGAUACUUCCCAACUGGUCUUCACCGACUCUGAUCAGCGCCUGGCUGUUGAAUUCUACGUGCCGCAUCACGAUAUCGACGACGAGAUUCUUCAGCACUUGCGUCAGGCGCAAGUGGACCUGGGCGACGAGGUUUGCACUCGCCUCAUGGUGCAGAAGGUGCGCGGAUUCCACAGCGAUGAUUUGCGGAAGAGGGAGAGCAUGCGUGCCACGUUGGAUGAGCUUGCGGGCAGUGACUUGGCUUCUGACACAGGGCCGAAAGACUUGGAAGGAAAGAUCAACUUGAUCCACAGCAUGAUCAUUCAAGCACAGAACCAGGGCGCCUCGUGGACCGAGAUCGGGAUGACUAUCAUGGAUGCGGCUACCAAGAAGUUGGCACAGAUGAUAGAGGAGGGCUCCACUCAGAACAUCUUGCAGGAGACGGAGGAUGUCAUGACGGACAACCUCCGCAGCCAGUACCAGACGCUGACACAGAACAAGAAAG